AUGGCUGUUGAGUACUUUUCUAAGUGGCCAGAGGUGCAAGCUUUUCCCACUAAUGAUGCUAGGGUUGUUGCUAAGUUCCUUAAGAAAUUAUUUUCUAGGUUUGAUACACCUAAAGCUUCGAUUAGUGAUAGGGGGACCCAUUUUUGUAAUACCCAAUUAGAGAAAGUAUUUAAAUACUAUGGGGUCACACACCGGUUCGCUAUACCCUAUCACCGACAAACUAGUGGGCAAGUGGAGGUAAUUAAUAGGUGUUUGAAGCACAUUCUAGAGAAAACCGUGGGGACUAGUAUGAAGGAUUGGGUUGCCAAGUUAUAUGAUGCAUUAUGGGUUUUUAGAGUAGCUUAUAGGACCUCUAUUGGUUUUACACCAUAUAGGCUAGUUUAUGGUAAGACAUGUCAUUUACCUAUUGAAUUGGAACACAAGGCCCUUUGGGCUUUGAAAUCAUACAACUUUAGUGUUGAUUCUGCAAGUAAAGAAAGACAAUGUCAGCUGAAUGAGUUAGAGGAGUGGCAUCAGCAAGCUUAUGACAGCUCCCUAAUUUACAAGGAUAGGAUGAAGAAGCGGCAUGAUCAAUGA